GGUUUAGACUGCAUAGUAUUAGCGUUUAUCAAAUGAGUUUGAAAGCAGUAAAAACCCUUUCGCCUACCGAAGAGCUCGAAUCGAAUUAUCAAUGGCGAACGACCAAGAGAUGAGUGGAUGGACUGAUCUUCUUCACUCCUCGACGAAGCUUCUCGACCAAGCGGCUCCUUCGUCUCAGUUUCCUCCUCUUCAGAGGAAUUUGGAUCAAUUGGAAGCUUUGUCGAGGAAACUCAAGGCCAAAACUCUAAGAAGCGAAGCUCCUUCACAGUCUAUUGCUGCCACUAGACUACUUGCACGGGAGGGAAUCAAUGCAGAGCAAUUGUCUCGUGAUCUAAGGUCAUUCGAGUUGAAGACGACAUUUGAGGAUGUAUUCCCUGCUGAGGCAACAAGUGUUGAAGAGUACCUGCAACAGGUUCAUGAAAUGGCUAUGGUAUCAGCUAUACAGGAGGCCCAAAAGGAUAAUGUUCGAAGCUUUAAUGAUUACAUGUUGAAAGUCUUGGAGGAGGACUGUAGAAAAGAAAAACGUGACUUCCUUCAAAGUCGUAGCAAACUUUCAAUAAUACCUAAGACCAAGAUGAUCGAUACAAGCAGAGACACUCAUGCUGGUCAACUAGUGCCUGUGACUUCAAGUCCUCAAGUAUCUUCAAACACUGGAACAGAACUUGUGUCUCUGGCUAACAAACCCAUUCAUGAGAAGAAAGCACAUGUCUAUGCAGAGGUUGUGAAGAAACUUAAUUCUUCAAGAGAACGAGGCUUGCCAUUUAAGCCUGCAACAUCGUUCAAAGAUGCUUAUGGAAGUCUAGGGAUUGAUUUGACUCGUGGAAAAUCAGUCAAUGUGCAGAAACUAUGGCAACUUAUUCAGGCAAUGACGGGUGAAGACUCAGCAGUACACAAGGGUGUUUCCAAGAGGAUGUCCCUCGUGGUAGGCGCAAGACGCCACUUGGAAUGUGGGCAUCAGAAACAUAUAAUGGAUACAAUUCAAAGUCAUCCGACACAAGCUGCUCUUGGUGGAUCUGUUGGAAAUUUGCAAAGAAUUCGUGCCUUUCUUCGGAUUCGUCUACGGGACUAUGGAAUUUUAGAUUUUGAUUCAGGUGAUGCACGUAGACAGCCUCCAGUUGAUACUACUUGGCAGCAGAUAUAUUUUUGCUUGAGAAGUGGCUACUAUGAGGAGGCUAGAGAAAUCGCCCAAUCAUCUCGUUCAUCUCAACAACAGUUUGCUCCGCUGCUUAUAGAGUGGAUUACCACAGGCGGUACUGUGACUACAAAUACUGCCGCUAUUGCUUCUGAAGAAUGUGAGAAACUGUUUAGGUUAGGUGAUCGGUUGGGCCAAACAACGUAUGACAAAAAGAAGCUCCUACUCUACACUAUCAUAUCUGGUUCCCGAAGGCAAAUUGAUCGCAUCUUGAGAGAAUUUUCGACACUCUUCAACACAAUAGAAGACUUUCUCUGGUUCAAGUUAUCAUGCAUACGUGACGUUGCUAGUGGAUCUUCAUCUCUGGUCUUCAACGAUGGGCUAGUUCCUUACAGUUUAGAUGACCUUCAGGCUUAUCUUAAUAAGUUUGAGCCUGCUUAUUACACUAAGAAUGGCAAAGACCCUCUGGUAUACCCAUAUGUUCUGCUUCUUAGUAUUCAAUUACUACCGGCGAUCAUGCACAUGUCUCAAGAAGCAGGAGAUGAAGGGUAUAACAUCGACGCUGUGCAUAUAGCGAUUUCGCUAGUGGACCAUUCCGUUCUCUCCGAAGGAUCUGGGACUGGGCACAAACUUAGCGUGAUGGAUGCAAAUGCUGAGGCGUCGAGCCUGAUAAGGCAAUACGGGUCGAUGUAUUUGCAUCAUGGUGAUAUGCAAAUGACGCUGGAAUACUAUGCACAAGCUGCUAUUGCAGUAGGAGGAGGGCAACUAGUUUGGUCCGGGAGAAGCAAUGUUGAUCAGCAAAGGCAAAGGAACUUGAUGCUGAAGCAACUACUGACCGAGAUUCUGUUACGAGAAGGUGGUAUUUACUUUCUGCUUGGUGCUAGAGGUUCCGGUGAAGAAGGCGAGCUUGGAAGAUUUUUUCCUGAUUCAAAAUCGAGGCAGCAGUUCUUGAUCGAAGCUGCGAAUCAAUGUCAAGACGCUGGAUUAUUUGAGAAAUCCAUAGAAAUACAGAAGAGAGUUGGUGCCUAUGCGGCUGCAUUGGAAACAAUAAACAAGUGUCUAUCUGAAGCCAUUUGCUCUCUUCUCCGUGGAAGGUCAGAUGGUGAAAGCCGAACAGCAGGACUCGUUCUCUCAGGAAACGAGAUUCUCGACACGUACAAAUACUAUCCUGAAGUCUGUCCCCAGGAAAGAGAACGGGUCAUGGAACAAGAAACAAUACUACGAGAGCUUGAGGCAAUACUGUCGAUCCACAAGUUGGCCAGACUGGGCAAUCAUCUAGACGCCUUGAAGGAAGCAGCUAAACUCCCGUUCCUUCAUCUCGACCCGAGACUCUCCGACACAACCCCGGACGAGUUCCAGAGAGCGUCCUAUUACUUCAAGACUUGUGUCCCUGAUUUACUAAAGGUUGUUUUGACUUGUCUGGACAACGUACCUGACCGUGAUGGAUCCAUCCGGGUCAUGAGAUCUAAGAUUGCUGGGUUUCUUGCAAGCAACACACACCAGAACUGGCCUCGAGACUUGUAUGAGAAGGUGGCUCGAAGCUUUUGAAUUCUAAUAAUCUCUUUGAACUUGUCAUCAAAACCUUAAAAACGAGACAUGUUUCCUUCCUCAAAAAGUAUUUUAUAACAAAAGCAAAAUCUUAAUUCAGACAUAAUCACACAAGAUC